CGAAAGAAAGAGAAAAAAGAGAAAAAGAAAAAACAUCAAGCUUCUUAUGUGUACCUCAUUUUGAGGAACGUUCUUCAUUUGGGAACUUAAAAAGUUCACGUUUCUGGAAGUUGUAUAUGGAAAGGGUUUGUCACACACUGUGUUGGCAAUAUUUUAAGGAUAUUAUUUCAUUAAGAGACCUAUUCUAUUUUUGAUUGAGUUCCGUUUAGUCAAUUCUUCCAAAAAUGAAGAUUGCAAUUAUAGGGCAGAGUCUUUUUGGGCAGGAAGUUUACCAGGAACUUCGCAAAGAUGGCCAUGACAUUGUUGGAGUGUUUACAAUACCAGACAAAGAUGGAAGGGAAGAUCCACUUGGCACAGAAGCUGCAAAGGACGGAGUGCCAGUCUUUAAAUUUCCUAGGUGGAGGGUGAAAGGUCAGGCAAUUCCUGAAGUGGUGGACCAGUACAAGGCUCUUGGGGCACAGCUGAAUGUUCUGCCUUUCUGUUCACAGUUCAUCCCCAUGGAAGUAAUUGAUGCCCCUCAACAUGGAUCAAUCAUUUACCAUCCUUCCGUCCUGCCUCGGCACAGAGGGGCUUCUGCCAUCAACUGGACACUUAUCCAUGGUGAUAAAAAAGGUGGCUUCACAGUUUUCUGGGCAGAUGAUGGCCUGGACACGGGCCCCAUCCUAUUACAGAAGGAAUGCGAGGUUUAUCCAGAUGAUACAGUAAACACGCUGUACAAGCGUUUCCUCUUUCCUGAAGGAGUAAAAGGCAUGGUGGAAGCAGUAAAGCUGAUCGCAGAUGGGAAGGCACCUCGAAUUGUUCAGCCAGAAGAUGGAGCUACCUAUGAAGGGAUUCAGAAAAAAGAGACUGCAAAGGUAAAUUGGGACCAGACUGCAGAAGCCAUUCACAACUGGAUCCGAGGGAAUGACAAAGUACCAGGUGCUUGGACAGAGCUCAAUGGAGGUAAAGUAACUUUCUUUGGCUCUGCAUUAUUAAAAAACGAAUCUGCUCCUGAAGGCCAAGUCCUGGAUAUUCCUGGAGCAAGACAGCCUGGCAUUGUUACCAAGAAUGGCCUUGUUUUGUUUGGAAAUGAUGGUAAAAUGCUUCUGGUGAAGAAUUUGCAGUUUGAUGAUGGAAAGAUGAUCCCAGCCUCUCAUUAUUUUAAGUCAUCUGAUGAUACUAUGGUGGAACUCACAGAAGCUGAAAAAGGCAUUGCUGAAAAGCUCCGGGCUGUCUGGAAGGGAAUCCUUAGCAAUGUGUCUUCCAUUGAGGAUUCAACAGAUUUCUUCAAAUGUGGAGCCGGAUCAAUGGAUGUUGUCAGGCUGGUAGAAGAAGUCAAGUUGCUAUGCAGUGAUGUGCAACUGCAAAAUGAAGAUGUGUAUAUGGCCUCUAUAUUUCAGGAGUUUAUACAAACGGUAGUACGGAAGUUACGAGGUGAAGAUAAAGAGGAGGAGCUUGUUAUAGAUUAUGUUGAAAAGAACAUAAACAACAUGACCAUAAGGAUACCCCAUCAACUUUUCAUUAAUGGAGAGUUUGUGAAUGCAGAAGGAGGAAAAACAUAUGACUCUAUCAGUCCAACUGAUGGGACGGUAAUAUGUAAAGUGUCACUGGCUCAGGUUUCUGAUGUUGAUAAAGCUGUUGCAGCAGCUAAGCAGGCAUUUGAAGAAGGUGAAUGGACUAAGAUGAACCCCAGGGAUCGAGGUCGACUAAUUUACAGGCUAGCAGACCUCAUGGAGGAGCACCAGGAAGAGCUGGCAACCAUUGAAACCAUUGAUUCUGGAGCAGUCUACACCUUGGCCCUGAAAACCCAUGUGGGGAUGUCUAUACAGACCUUCCGCUACUUUGCAGGCUGGUGUGACAAGAUCCAGGGGAGUACCAUUCCAAUAAAUCAAGCUCGCCCAAAUCGGAAUCUAACAUUCACCAAAAGGGAAGCAAUUGGGGUUUGUGGCAUUGUCAUUCCUUGGAACUAUCCCUUGAUGAUGCUUGCAUGGAAGACAGCAGCCUGCCUUACUGCUGGUAACACAGUUGUGUUAAAACCUGCACAGGUUACUCCUCUAACAGCACUUAAGUUUGCUGAGCUUACAGUUAAGGCUGGAUUUCCAAAAGGAGUAGUCAACAUUUUACCUGGAGCAGGUUCUUUGGUUGGCCAGAGACUGUCUGAUCAUCCCGAUGUCCGAAAAGUUGGAUUCACUGGCUCUACUCCAAUUGGCAAACAUAUCAUGAAGAGCUGUGCCUUAAGUAAUGUCAAGAAAGUUUCCUUGGAGCUGGGAGGCAAGUCCCCUCUGAUUAUCUUCAGUGACUGUGACAUGGACAAGGCUGUACGCAUGGGUAUGAGUUCAGUCUUUUUCAACAAAGGUGAAAACUGCAUUGCUGCUGGUAGGCUUUUUGUAGAAGAUUCCAUUCACGAUGAGUAUGUCAGGAGAGUGGUAGAGGAGGUGAAGAAGAUGAAAAUUGGGGACCCACUGGACAGAUCGACUGAUCAUGGACCUCAGAAUCACAAAGCACACCUGGACAAGCUUGUAGAGUACUGCCAAACUGGAGUUAAAGAGGGGGCCACAUUGGUAUGUGGAGGAAAACAGGUGCCCCGGCCAGGAUUUUUCUUUGAGCCGACCAUAUUUACUAAUGUGGAAGACCAUAUGUUCAUUGCCAUCGAAGAAUCAUUUGGACCCGUCAUGAUCAUUUCUAGGUUUAAAGAUGGUGAUGUUGAUGGUGUACUGAAGCGGGCCAACAACACGGAAUAUGGACUUGCAUCUGGUGUUUUUACCCGUGAUAUAAAUAAGGCUAUGUAUGUCAGUGAGAAACUACAAGCAGGAACUGUCUUUGUCAACACCUACAACAAAACUGAUGUAGCAGCCCCUUUUGGAGGUUUCAAACAAUCAGGAUUUGGAAAAGAUCUAGGGGAAGAAGCUUUAAAUGAAUACCUGCGAACUAAGGCUGUCACUAUAGAAUAUUAAGAAACAAGUCAUCUCUGUCAUGUGGAGAAGUGUGUCACAGCAUGGAAAAUAGCAAAUGGACUGAAAGCAGUAAAUGUGUUUUCCUGCUUACGUUUCCUGAGCCCAUGAUAAUUGUUUUAACACAAACUAUGUACUUGAGCACUACAUUUUUUUAGGAGUAUCAUAUGACACCAUCUCACCCACUGCAAUAGCUUCUAGUACAAAUGUACAUUUGAGCGUUAUAAAGUACAUGAGGCUUCGGGGCAGUGUUCAGUGCCUGUUGUCACAUUGUAACUUAAGUAGCUUUUUAAUAUAAAACUUGAUUAUUUAUCAUGUACAGCCUUAAAAAUGAAAACUCUAAAAGCAUCUCCAGGACAAAGCAGUGAGUAUAGGGGAAGUUUUAUAACAUUUGUUGUCAGUGCCUUCAUAUCUUCCUUCCAGUGUAACAUCAUGCUAAUUACAAUACGUUAGGAGCAAACUUGUCCACAGCUUUAUUUAUGUAUUUUUUUAGAGCUGUCCCCAUACACACGAAGAUGUGUGCAUGCUUCUGCACAUAACUGCAGACAUACACUUGUUUCAUCAUCCAUCACUAUAGUAUGCUAUACCUCAAUGUUCAGUCUUUGUACAGUAAAUAAAUGAAGGAACAAACACUGUCUUUAAGUGUAACUUUCCAGACCAAGCACUUUCCAUGUCGACUAGUUGCACAGGUCAUGUAUUAAUACUGUGGACUUUCAUGUUCACAUGUUGGGAAAGGACUUUAUUUCUCAGAAUCUGUCUUCGAUACUCAUGCUAAGUACAUUUUUUCUUUCCAGAGGAUGUGUCCCACAACAGUGACGAAGUUUAUCUUUGUAGACAUUUCAUGUCUUGUUUAUGACAAUGCUGAUGGAAAGAGAUAUGUAGCCUGAGUUCACCCAAAUGCUGUGCUUAGAGCUGUCUCAGUGCAGCUACUGUCAUCUCUUGAAGGUGCCGUUAAACUUGUCUGGUGUACCACGUUGUCAUUCCUUUGUGAACAUGCCGAGCACUUUGGAUACAUGUCAACUUAUCAACAGCAGUUUAGGGGAACAUGAAAAAAUUCAAAAACAUUCACCUCCAAGGAAUUCCCCCUACACCCCCCCCCCCCCAUGUGGAGGGACACCCCUAGAACUUAUAUACACCAACUCUGAGGUUGCACAACAGUAGGAAAAUAUGUAAACUCCACUAUCAAUGAAAGUAGUUCUGAUGAGCAUUCCUUGAUCUUUUCAUGUCUGCCGAAACUGCUCUUGAUAAAUCAGCAGAAACCCUCUUUCACAUUACUCCAGUUCUUUAAUUCCCUUUUUUGGUAGCUGUUCAUUUUACAUUGCGAACUAGUUUAGUUACAAUUUUAUUAUAUGCCCACCUGAACUGGAUCUAAUUUUACAAAUAAAUCUUAUUGGUGAUGGCAGAAUGACUUCAGCAUAUCUCAGUGCCAUAUUUUAGCUUGCAAAUAUGAAUGAACAUAACCCUCAGGCAUAGUUUUCAACCAAUCAGGGACAAAUCUAGAAAUAAUCAAGGACAAUAAAGGACACUUUUAAAAUAUUAGUACUAUUAGCCUGAGGCAUUGCCAGAAUAAGACAUAUGUGACUUAAUAUAUAUUUUCUGAUUUAAAAAAGUAACAUAACUCUACUUAUUGUCCUUAUUUACUGUUUAAUUCAUCGGGUCCCUAUUAGAUCGACGAAAAAUCAAAAUCUCAAAUGGCUUAGAUGUCGAAAAUACCGUUCUUCGUAAUCACUAUUGUGAAAUCGAUGUACAGUGAAGAUCGGAAAAUUUGCACUUUCAUCACCGUAGUGCGAUCUUGGAGUUGGAAUAUAUAUUUAG